AUGAUUCUGGUUUGGAUCGUAUUGUUUUUAUCAGUUAAUCUGACUGAAUGUGUGCCAGAGAAGCCAAAGAGAUCCACUCUGAACCAGCUGACCAGAACCCUGCUGAGGAAAUAUGACUGUGGAGUUCGACCCGUCCACAACUGGACCAGUUCUACUACAGUCUACAUAGACCUCAUACUACAGUCUGUCCUCGAUGUGGAUGGAAAGACCCAGAGCAUUACUACAAGCAUUUGGUACAGACAGAUCUGGAGGGAUGAGUUCCUCGUUUGGGACCCGGAGGACUUUGAUGGCAUCACUGAGCUCUCUCUCUCUUCUGACGCCAUCUGGGUGCCUGACAUCAUCGUCACUGAAUUUGUGGAAGAGGGAAAGUCUCCUCCCAUCCCCUACGUCUACGUCAACUCGUCUGGUUCUGUGAGGAACUACCGGCCGAUCCAGGCGGUGCUGGCAUGCAGCUUGGAGAUGUACGCCUUUCCUUUUGACAAGCAGAACUGCAGCCUCACCUUUCGCAGCUGGCUUCACUCAGUGAAAGAAAUCGACCUGGCUCUGUGGAGGAGCGCAGAGGCCAUUGCAGGCGAUAAGAGGGAGUUCAUGAAUGAUGGCGAGUGGGAACUGCUGUCCGUUCCAUCGCAGUACUGGCAGAUCCGCCAAGACGACGCCGACUAUGCUCAGAUCCAGUUCAACCUGCUGAUCCGCCGGCGCCCCCUGCUGUACGUGGUCGGCCUCCUCAUUCCCAGCAUCUUCCUCAUGCUGGUGGAUGUGGUGAGUUUCUACCUGCCUCUGAACAGCGGAACGAGAAUUGCCUUUAAGAUCAGCAUUCUGCUGGGCUACACCGUCUUCAGGGUCAACCUGACAGACGAACUGCCUGCCACCGCUCUCAGGACUCCUCUCAUCGGUGUGUUCUUCGUGGUGUGCAUGGCCAUGCUGAUGCUCAGUCUCAUCAAGUCCAUAUUGGUGGUGAAGCUGCUCCAUCACAGCGAGAAAGAGGUCAAGCAAAUGUCACUGUCUGCCUGCCUGCUGGACCGGUACGGCUCAGCCGGCCACAGCCUCAGCGAGAGCGCUUUGACCUCCAUCAAAACCCUCGACAACAUCUACGCGCCUGGAGAUUAUGAGCUUGAAAGCUCCCUGGAGGAAGAUCUCCUGUCCCUGAAUGACGUCCCAGAUCCUCCGUCUGGACUGGAGUGGCUGCUCCAGGAACUGGUUUCCCUUCGGAUGGCUUUUUCCCAGGAGGACAGCGAGUCUUCAGCUCAGGCCGAAUGGCUGUCGCUCUGCCUGCGGCUCGACCGCUUGCUGUUUCGCUUUUACCUGCUGGUUUUAGCCGUGUACACCGGUACGCUGCUGCUGCUGUGGGCCAGAUGGAGCUUCACUUGAGCUACAGCACAAAUACGAUCACUUGGUGGUUCGGUUCAACAACACUGAUUGGGAAACUCGUUCAGAAGAGAAGUCAUCUGAUUUGGACAAACUCAUUGUAAAUGGUAUUACUAAGUCAUAGAUUUUGUAAACAGUUAUCUAAAAGUUUUACAUUUCUUUGCUUUUCUAAAAAAAUGACCAUGCUUUGGAGGCUCUGAACUCCCUUUUAUUGCAAAAAGUGAUUGAACAAGAGCUUUUAGAUGCUCUCAUUUACUCCUACAAAUUUCAGUCUGUAUUGUUUUUGUUUUGUUGCGUCUACUAAAUAAUAUUUUUUGUUUUAUCAAGUUUCAGUUGGCUUCUUUUGUAUGACCUGCAGAACAAUCUGCAGUCUUAGUAGCCCCGGAUUCAAGUUCAGACUUUGACACUAAGAAGCUAGGGAUGUAUAUUUUUGAUGUAGAAAUAUUUAAUUGGCAAAAUUAAACUUUAACUUCUCAUUGGUUAUUUUAAUGCAUGGCAUUCCAAAGGGUUCUGUUCUUGAUCCUGUUUAGUUUGUGUCUUAUUUGUUUCCCUUGUCUUAUUUUAUAUGAUCAUCACCAGGUAAUGUCAGAAGCUUUUUUUGUGGUGAGUCAAGCAUCCAUCAGGCAUCUGCAGGUGACGAAAAAUGCUAUUAUAUGUAUUUUUUGCAUUAGCAUUUGGCACUAUUUAAUAGUUUGACUCCAAUAUAUUUAUUUUUUGUGUAUUUUUGUGUCAUUUGCAUAGAAAUUUGUGAACCACUUUGAAGUGCUUCAUUAAUA